CGCCAUCUUUGCUCCUGGUCCCGCGAUGCGGCUCCGGCGUGUCUGAGACCUACGAUUUCCUCUUCAAGUUCUGGUGAUCGGCGGCACCAGCACCAGCAAGUCCUACCUGCUGCAGCCCUUCAUCAAGAGCAAGUGAUUUCCAAUUCCCAACCCUUUGCAGGAUGGAGGAGGAGGCUGUGAGGAAGAAGAUGAUGCCUCAGGACAGCCAGGCAGACAAGGAGCUGAACAUGGAGACCAGGGAGGACAAAUCCCCACAGCAGAUCCUCGUGGAAGAGGCCGUUUUGAGCAGCUCCACGGCACAGGAAUCCAACAGGGAGGAAAAGUCCUGGCGAUCCCUCGGGAGAAGAGACUGCAAAAGCAGAUCACGAGGAUCUGAGGAGGAAGGAGCCACCCUGUGCCAGGAAGGCGACCAGAGAUCAAGCCAGAGCUCAGACCUGGUGGUCCAUGAGCAGCUUCAUGAUGGGGAGAAGCCCCACAAGUGCUUUGGGUGUGCCAAGAGCUUCACCUGGCGGUGCCACCUGCUUCGCCACCAGAGGAUUCACACAGACGAACGGCCCUACGAGUGUGGGGAAUGUGGGAAGAGCUUCAGGAAGAGCUUUCACCUGAUCAGUCACCAGAGGAUCCAUACUGGGGAGAGGCCUUAUGAGUGUGGGGAAUGUGGGAAGAGCUUCAGCCAGAGCUCCAACCUGAUAAAACACCAGAGGAUCCACACAGGGGAGAGGCCCCACAAGUGUGAGGAAUGUGGGAAGAGGUUCAGCCAGAGCUCCAACCUGAUCUGUCACCAGAGGAUCCACACUGGGGAGAGGCCCCAUGAGUGUGGGGAAUGUGGGAAGAGCUUCAGUCAUAGCUCCAGCCUGAUCCAGCACCAGAGCAUCCAUACUGAGAAAAGGCCGUACAAGUGUGGGGAAUGUGGGAAGUGCUUCCUGCACCGUAGUUACCUGACCAUACACCAAAGGAUCCACACUGGGGAGAGGCCCUACAAGUGUUCUGACUGUGGGAUGGGGUUUCUGACCAGCUCCAAGCUCCUUGAACAUCAGCAGACGCACAUAGAGGAGAGGCCCUUCCGCUGCCCCGACUGCGGGAAGGGCUUCAAGCACAACUCCAACCUCACCAGCCACAGGCGCAUCCACACUGGGGAGAGGCCCCAUGAGUGUGAUGUAUGUGGGAUGAGCUUCAUACAGAGCUGUGACCUGAUCCGCCAUCAGAGGACUCACACUGGGGAGAGGCCUUAUGAGUGUGAUAAGUGCAGCAAGAGGUUCCGCACAAGCUCCAGUCUCCUUGUACAUCAGCGGAUUCACACAGAGGAGAGGCCCUUCCGCUGCCCCGAUUGCGGGAAGGGCUUCACGCGGAACUCCACCCUCACCAGCCACAGGCGCAUCCAUGCUGGGGGAGGCCCUUCGAGUGUCCCCAUUGUGGGAAGAGCUUCUCCUGGAGCUCAAACUUGACUCAACACCAACGGAGGCACUGAUAAGGGAAGCCCUGUGAGUGUCAUGAGUGUAAUAAGAGCUUUGUGUACUGUUCCAACGCUAUUGCCCACUGGAGGGCCCACGCUGGGCAGAGCCCUGCUGACCCACAUACCCUGAGAUCCAUGUUGGGAAGACACCAGGCUGGUUUUCCUUUUGUUUUGGCCUUAAUUUUUUUUUCUUGUCUCUCUCUUUGCGCUCCAGAAGCCAAGAGAGAUCCAUCUGUCACCUCAAAACCACUCAAAUCCCGCUGAGAACAACUCAACCUUACCACAAAAGGGCUCAAUCCUACCUCAGAAUGGCAUGUUCCCACCUCAGAAAAACUCAAUCCCACACCAAACUUACUCGAUUCCACAGCUUCCAGGGUGAGAUGGGGCUGAAAGGAGAUUGCGAGAUGUGGGAUCCAAAUUUGGAGCAGUGGGAUCAGGAUUGUGUGGGGCUGGGCGGGUGGGCUGUAUUUGAUAGUAAAUCAUUCAGGAUUAUUGAUUUCUGUCCCAUUCAUUUUCAGUCAGUGUGAGUUCUGUUUUCGGAGUGCCACCUUCUCAGCUGAUUGUGUUUGUGUCCGCCUUUCUCUCGUGCCUCUCUGCCUGCUCUGUUUGUCUCAGUGUCUCCCUUGAGCCAGGGCAGCUCCCACCAAGGACUGUGCCCUGAUUUAAUUCCCAGUCCAGGAGCUACAGGAAUGGAUGAAGUUCUGGGGGCUGGCAGUGAAAUAUCACUGUAGGAUCUUGCUGCACUUGGUCUUUCGGCCCCUUCUUCAGAGCUUUGCUUUCAAUGGCAGGAACAUCUUUUCCUUGCUGGGAACUGAAUUCCAGAGCCUUGGAGUGUGUGCCAUGUAGAACCUUACAGACUGGGAUCUCGUGGACUGGGAUCCUUCAGACUGGAACUGCACAGAGAUGGUGGUGGGUUUUGUUAAGCUGUUUUGGAGUUGUUUAUCCUAGUGGUUCAUCCCUGCUUUCCCUCCACCGAUAACUCAGGUACUGUCCAAGAGUGUCUCCUCCUGUGUCCCUUUGUCCACCUUUCCUGACCCUGCCCUGUGUUAACCUGGGGCCAGUCACCUACCUGCCCCAGCCCCUCUUGUUGUAGCGCAUUAUUUGGGUUUACAUUGUAUUUCAUUUUUAUAUUGGGUUUUGUAAUGGUUUCUUCUGUACCACCCUGUUCCCUUGGAAAAUGUAUCACGAGGUUUGUCCCUGCUCCGCCCCGCCCAUCCCCCCACACUGGAAUGUAAUCUAACUCUGUUCUACUCCCACCUUAUCCCUGAUUGGGUAGUGGCUUGUCCCUGCCUCUAGCCCCAUCCCGCCUGGGAAAAAACCCUGGGACCAUGUGAAAAGCUCUCUGGCUCUUGGGACUGGGACAGGGACUGGACUGAGCUCUGGACUCUGCGGGGGCAGGACCCCAGAAUGAAGCUGUGAUUCCCCCCGGACCAAGGCGAGACUCUUUCCUUUUGCCAUCGACGGAUGCCUGUUCUCUCUAAAGAAAAAGGUUUGCAGCCUCCCUGGGAUCUUUUGGGAACAUGAAGGGAAAAUUCCUUCUGGGUGUAGUUUCUUUCUCAAGCUAGCCAAGGCAAAAACAGAGGAGAGGCUCCGAGGGAGAGAGAGCCACUUCACCCUCUGCCCCCGGGUUUAAAUGUUAGUGUGGGAUCCUGCCUGUGCUCUCUCUCCUGCACCACCUUGGAGAAUAAAGACCUCUGUGAGAGUGCCU